AGCCCUAUCUGUCCUUGCAGAAGCCCCAAGCUCCGGCGACGAUGGCGCAUGUUGGAAACACAGCCGCAGGUGUUUUAGUUGCUGCGCUUUCUAUGACCGUACUCUCUUAUUUUCUGAGCAGUUAUCGGUCGAGACUCUCGUCUCGUAGAACCCAUAGCCACCAUUUGUCGAACAUAAGGGAUGGGCUAAUCGGCACCAUUGGGAACACCCCUUUGAUCCGAAUCAACAGCCUUUCCGAAGCAACUGGUUGUGAAAUUCUCGGAAAAGCUGAAUUCUUGAAUCCUGGGGGAAGCGUGAAGGAUAGAGUUGGAGUUAAAAUCAUUGAAGAGGCUUUAGAUUCUGGUGAGCUGGUUCGUGGUGGAGUAGUGACUGAGGGAAGUGCUGGAAGCACUGCUAUAAGCCUUGCCACAGUGGCUCCUGCUUAUGGUUGUAAAUGUCAUGUGGUGAUCCCAGAUGAUGUUGCAAUUGAAAAGUCUCAAAUUCUUGAAGCUCUUGGAGCCACUGUUGAAAGAGUACGACCAGUUUCAAUUUCGCAUAAGGACCAUUAUGUCAAUGUUGCAAGGAGAAGAGCAUUGGAAGCAAAGGAAAUAGCAUUGACGCAAAGAACGUCUGAAAAAAUGGAUGACAUAGAUUUAAAGCUAAUCGAUGAUCACACAUACAAGGAAGGGGAAUCCAUUUCUGUUAUAUUAGAUGAUUGUAAAGGAGGCUUUUUUGCCGACCAGUUUGAAAACCUUGCAAAUUUUCGAGCUCACUAUGAAGGCACUGGGCCUGAGAUUUGGGAACAAACUGGUGGCAAGUUGCAUGCUUUUGUGGCAGCUGCAGGUACAGGUGGCACUAUUGCUGGUGUUUCCAGGUUUCUUCAGGAAAAGAAUCCAGAUGUCAAGUGCUUUCUGAUCGAUCCUCCUGGUUCUGGUCUGUACAAUAAGGUGACAAGAGGGGUAAUGUAUACCAGGGAAGAGGCUGAAGGUCAGAGGCUGAAGAACCCUUUUGACACCAUAACUGAAGGAAUUGGAAUCAACAGAUUAACCAAGAAUUUUAUGAUGGCAGAACUUGAUGGGGCUUUUAGAGGAACAGAUAGGGAGGCUGUUGAGAUGUCCAGGUUUCUUCUAAGGAAUGAUGGGUUAUUUCUUGGGAGUUCUUCUGCCAUGAACUGUGUAGGAGCUGUCAGAGUGGCACAAUCGAUGGGGCCUGGUCACACAAUUGUAACAAUUCUUUGUGACAGUGGAAUGAGGCAUCUCAGUAAAUUUUGUAAUUCCGAGUAUUUGUCUCGGUAUGGAUUGACUCCGUCAGCAACUGGGUUGGAGUUUAUGGGUCUUGGUUGAUGCAUGGUUGAAUCACCCUCUCAAUUGAGACGCAUAGCAUGGCAUGGCUGCAUAUGAGCUUGGUAUUUUAGGUACAAUUCCACCCCUAUGACCAGCCAAUUGCGUAUCUGAAUCAACCCGAAUUGGUAGCGACAGUGAAUCAACACUUAGAUCCCUAACUGGCUCCUUGUUACAUUUCUCUAUUCAUUUUGUAGCGGAUCGUUAAUUUAUAAGAUUAACAAGUCAUUUUCUCUCCCUAGACUCGAUGAGUAUAGUUUUGUUU